GGAUACACCCUUUGUUAGGGGAAAUAUAAUUGCCACCUGGGACAUCGUGUGAACAUUUCACGAGAUAUAAAAGAUGCCGCGAGGGGGCAAAGUCCAUUCAGGAAAACAACAUUGUAAGCGUGACUGGCUGCAGGAAAGAAAAUGGCAUUAAAUACUGGGCAACUUGCAGGUAAAACUGCGUAUAUAUCUGGAGCUAGCAGAGGAAUUGGAAAAGCCAUUGCACUAAAGUUAGCAAAAGAUGGUGCUAAUAUCGUGAUAGCUGCGAAAACUGUGACAGCUCACCCAAAAUUGCCUGGUACUGUUUACACUGCUGCUCAAGAAAUUGAACAAGCAGGAGGCCAAUGUCUACCUUGUGUUGUUGAUAUCAGAGAUGACCAAGCUGUGCAGAAAUCUGUGGAAGAAGCAGUUGAGAAAUUUGGAGGUAUUGAUAUUCUGGUAAACAAUGCAUCUGCUAUAAGCUUAACAGGGACAUUAGAAACUGAAAUGAAAAGGUACGAUCUGAUGAACUCCAUCAACACGAGGGGAACAUAUUUAUGUUCUCAAGCUUGUCUACCAUACUUGAAACAAAGCAAAAAUCCUCACAUCUUAAAUAUCAGUCCACCGCUUAACAUGAAACCAGUCUGGUUCAAAAACCAUACAGCUUACACGAUAGCAAAAUAUGGAAUGUCCAUGUGCGUUCUUGGAAUGGCCGAAGAAUUCAGAAAUGAUGGUGUAGCUGUGAAUGCUCUGUGGCCGAAGACAGGUAUAGCAACAGCUGCCAUCAAAAUGCUAGGCGGUGACGAAUUAAUGAAUCAAAGUCGUAAACCCGACAUCAUGGCUGAUGCAGCUUAUGUGAUACUGACAAGAAAUAGUCGUUCGUACACUGGUAAUUUUGCUAUCGAUGAGGAAGCUCUAAGAGAAGUGGGUGUUACAGAUUUAGAGGACUAUUCUUGGGUGAAAGGUGCCAACUUGAUCCCUGAUUACUUCGUUGACGGGGCAGAGGACUUCUUCAUGGACAGGUCAGGCAAUAUCGGAGGAAAAACUGAGGAGAAAUCUGGUCCAACAGCAGGUGUAACGACACUCUUCAAUCACAUCGAGUCCAUUUUAAAUGAAGAAUUAGUGCGGAAAGUUUCGGCUGUUUAUGCGUUCGAAUUAACCGGUGCCGAGCCAGGUGUUUGGUUGCUUGAUUUGCAACACGAUGCAGGUUCAGUGACUUUCAACCCAGUCAACGAGAGUGCAGCGACCUGCAGAAUGAUCAUGGACAGUGUGGACUUUGAGAAAAUGUUCAAUGGAGAACUGAAUUCGAUGCAAGCUUUUAUGGGCGGGAAACUGAAGAUCAAAGGAGACAUGUCCCAAGCGUUAAAAUUAGAAAAAUUAAUGAAGUCGGUCCAGGCUAAAUCGAAAUUAUAGACUGGUGUCACGUGAAAUAUAGUAGCGGGGAUGUUUUUUGCAAAAAAUUAUUUUUAUGCAAAGUAUUUAAAAAUGCAUUUGAUAUACUGUGUGCCCUCCACCGCAGUGUAUCUAUCGCAAUACUGGUAAUACUAUAUUGCAUUGUAAAUAUAAAACGGCUGUAGUUUGGGAAAUCUUGAAUCCAAUGGAAAUUGUGUCCCCAUAAAUCUAAUUCGAGCCGAAAAAGUUGAAUUUGAAAAAAUAUGGAUGCACUUACAAAUGCGAAAUGGCAUCAUCCUCGUCCCCAGGGUCACUGAACCGUUUAAGGCCAAAUGCCCUGAGAACGAAGGUGAUAUGAUAUAAAACUAAAUACUUUCCAUUCUGUUGUUCAAAACGAAUAAUCAGCGUGAAUUGAAAGUUUGGGGCGCAUGUGUUUCUCACUGGAUUUUAGGUUCCUCUUUUCAUGAUUCCUUUUUCAAAUUAUAGUAAUUUAUCAACAUA